UUCAUAGCUGAUAGGAGCCAUUUUGAACUUUGAACAUGCGUUUAUAAUUCAUGUAAACGUAUGUACCGUAUGCAUAUUGAAUCGUUAUAAAACGAUUUUUAACGUACAUGAAAGUACUACUCGGCGUAGUGUACAUCGUGUCAGUUAUUGGUUCUUUUUACAAAACCUACAUUACAGCAAUACAAAAAUAUAUUUCAUAGCGACAUGAGAGUGUAAUGGCGUUGGUACUACAAGGAACUUGCCUCGUAUCCAUUUGUGCUGUUACCAAUCGUUCAGGAUUGUAAAGGAAAAUUUUCAAGUAUUACAAAGAUGACAACAGAUUCCAACAAAGAUUCUACGCAUUGUUUAAUAUGCAACAGCAAAGUUGGAGUCUCAACGAGAAAUAGUGUUCGAAUUUUCGAUGCAGCAGUAAAUGUUGAUCUAAAUAAACCAAUUUUAAAAACCAUUGGUUCGAUUUUGGAAAAAGAAAUAGUUGAAGAAAAUGCUCACUCUGAUGUUGUUUGUAAAAAAUGUUUCAAGUUAUUUCAUGAGUAUGAUGAACUCCAAAAUCGAACGUCGGAAAUAAAAAAAGAAGUAUUAAACAAUUAUAACAGAACGAUGAAGAAAAUUACGGAGUUACAUGCGGAAGAGGAAUAUAAUGAUCAUGAUUAUAUAGAUCAUGACGAUAAUCAAUUAUUAGAGGAAUUUUCACCAACUCCGAGUGACACCAAGUUUAAGACAGAUGAUAAUUUCAAUAAAGAUGAAUUAACAGAAGAACAUCUCGAUGAAGAAUACCUUCAGGAAAUUCAUAAAGAAGAAGAAGAAGAAGAACAAAUAGAAAUGGAUGAAGAACAUGUAGAUGAUCCUCUCAUUAAAGUUGAUAUUUCUCAAAAUGAUAUAGAAGUGAAACCAUUACAAGAAAAGAAGAAAAAAGAGUAUAAUAAAAAAAUUAAAACUAUCAAAGAAGAAAUUACUGAGCCAAUAGUUUCUAGAGAUGACAAUACUUAUUUUUGUCUCUUGUGUCCUGAUGAAGAGCGUGCCUCUGGAGAACCUAAGCAAAUCAUAGAACACAUGAAAACAGUUCAUGAAACUCGCUUAUAUAUUUGUGAUAUUUGUGGAAUGGAUUUUAGAAAAAGAAAUGAAUUAACUGUUCAUUUAGAUGAACACAUAGCAAAAGAAGAAGGUGAUUUCCAAUGUGAAGUUUGUAAUAGAAUAUUCAGUAAUUUAAGAUUAUUUCGAAUUCAUAAAAGAGUUCAUUAUCCUCAAAAUAAAUCUUGGCCUUGUGAAACGUGCGGUAAAAGAUAUAGCUCAAAAAAUUUGUUAGAUGAACAUGUGAAUAAUCAUAUUGGUAUCAGGCCUUAUAUUUGUGAAACUUGUGGAAAAGAUUUUGCAUCAAAAUAUACUUUUAAAGCUCAUGUAAAAACUCAUGAAGUUCGUCCAAGACCCUUUGAAUGUCUUCAAUGUAAUAAAACAUUUUUAAGUCAACAGAAUCUUAAUCAACAUGAAAAAACACAUUUAGGCCUAAAAGAAUAUAUUUGUCAACAGUGUGGGAAAGCUUUUGGGUCUCAGCAUAAUCUAGAAGUACAUAAUAUCGUUCAUACUGGCUACAAACCGUAUAUUUGUAGAAUGUGUGGUAAGGCUUUUGCAAGAAAAGCUGAAAUUAGAGAUCAUGAACGCACUCAUACCGGAGAAAAACCUUAUCAAUGCGAGUUUUGUGGAGCAACAUUUAGUCAAAGAUCUAAUUUACAAUCUCAUAAGCGAGCUACACAUUAUAAUGAUAAAAGAUAUAAGUGUGAUGAUUGUGGAAAGGGAUUUAAAAGACGAAGAUUAUUGGACUAUCACAUAAAAGCAGCUCAUACGGGUGAAAGACCAUAUAAAUGUGAAACAUGUUCAGCAACAUUUGUUUAUCCUGAACACUUUAAAAAACAUAUGCGCAUACAUACAGGUGAAAAGCCUUAUUUAUGUGAAGUUUGCGGUAAAGCGUUUAAUAGUAGGGAUAAUAGAAAUGCCCAUAGAUUCAUUCAUAGUGAUAAGAAACCAUACGAAUGUUUAGUAUGUGGUAUGGGAUUCAUGAGGAAACCUCUUCUAUAUACUCACAUGCAGUCGCAAGGACAUUUAAACGAUACAAUUGUUGUUAAUCAACCAAGAUUGACUACUGACGAAGAGCAAGUAAUUGCAAUUCCUGAGGAUGUUCAAUUGUUAAUUAACGAUGGAGAAGAUUUGGAAGAAACUGGGUUGUAUGUAGCUGAAUUAAAGGACCAUGUAAUUAUUCAAGAAGGUGAGGAGCCAAUGUAUGCAGAAGAGGAUGCUCUAGAUAUUUCUCCUGAAGAAAAUAUCUCACAAGCUCAAGUAGAACAUAUUGUUGUUAAUAAUCAGAUAGCAUUUUCGGAAGGAGAUAUGAUAGAAUGUAAAAGAGAAACAAAUGAACAAGAUGAACAAGUAUACAGUUAUAAUACAGGUGAUGAAACGGAGACAAUAGUUGUACCAACAACGACAGAUUAUAAAAAUUUAAUAAGUAAUAACAAAAACAAAGUUCGAUUGGUACAAAUAAGAAUUCCACCUGACUCUGGCGUAGAAGGUAAAAGCUGGCUUAGUCUUGUACAGAACUCGUAGGCUGAUUUUUACGUAUAAAUUUUCAUAAUUAAUUAAUUAUUAAUAAAUAACAAUAAUUUUUAUGUUUAAUGUAUGUUAUUUACUUGUAAAAUAUGGGAAUCAGAAUCUUGUUUUAUUCAUCUAUUUUUUAUGAAUAAACAAAUUAAAGAUAAA